CUAUUCACACGGUUUCGACAGAAUCAGAAUAUCUGAGCCCACAGGCCCGCAUAAUCCAACUACUGACCUUUGCGUUACGUGGGUUCUCAUCUCUCUCUCUCCGAUUUCCUCUCGGCGGUGCUCGACAUUGACAUCUAUUGCGGGACUUGCUUGUAUUAAUUCUUUAGGCUGUAAGAAAAUUUUUAGGAUGUUGCCUGUUGAUCCCGCAAACAAGUUAUCUUUUCAUCGCUGCAUUACUGGUGGAGAUUUGGUUAUUGUAUAUGAGAGGCAUGACAACAUGAAGGCUGUUAAAGUAUGUGAGGGUUCGAUUCUCCAGAAUCGUUUUGGUGUAUUUAAACAUUCAGAUUGGAUUGGGAAACCCUUUGGGUCCAAGGUUUUCAGCAACAAGGGUAAAUUUGUUUACUUAUUGGCGCCAACUCCUGAGCUAUGGACUCUAGUUCUAAGCCACAGAACUCAGAUUCUGUAUCUUGCAGACAUCAGCUUUGUUAUCAUGUACCUAGAAGUAGUUCCUGGUUGUUUGGUUCUUGAGUCGGGCACUGGGAGUGGAUCUUUAACUACCUCACUUGCAAGGGCUGUAGCUCCCACAGGACAUGUCUAUACAUUUGAUUUCCAUGAACAAAGGGCUGCCUCAGCUAGGGAGGAUUCUGAGAGGACAGGAGUGAGCAGUUUAGUCACUUUUGGAGUCAGAGAUAUUCAAGGUGAGGGGUUUCCUGAUGAAUUUUCUGGGUUGGCUGAUUCUGUCUUCCUGGACUUGCCACAACCUUGGCUGGCCAUUCCUUCGGCUGGCAAAAUGUUGAAACAAGAUGGGAUCUUGUGCUCUUUCUCACCGUGCAUUGAGCAAGUGCAACGUUCAUCUGAAACUCUCAGAUCGAGCUUUACAGACAUCAGAACCUUUGAGGUACUCCUUCGCACAUAUGAAGUUCAGGAAGUGAAAAUAGAUUGCUCUGAAGGUGAUGAAGGGGGAAUUCUUGGGUCUCCUCCUUGCAAGAGGAGGCAUCGAUCAAGUGAAGAAAGCAGCAGGCCAGAGAUAUCUUUUUCCACCAGAAUCAUGGCCAAACCAUCUGGUGAGGCGAGAGGUCACACUGGCUACUUGACAUUUGCAAGACUGAAAUGCGCCUCAUAGGAUACAAACACGAAUAAAACUUCUAUCCACUCAUGAUUGAAGAGUUUUGCCCUCAUUUUUGGUUUGCUUCAUUAUUGAUUUGUUACUACUUCAGAAAUUACUAGGAUCAUAUUUAAAUCUUGAAGGGAGUCAUUGUAGCAGAAAUUUUUGUUGAUAGUAGUUAUUGGCUCUUGUAGA